AUGUCUGAUCCUACUAAGCCUAGAGAUCCAGCAUGGAAAUAUACGACUCUAGUUUCUGGUAAACAUGGUAACUUUAUGUGUAUCUUUUGUAAGAAAGUCACAAAUGGUGGAGUUCAACGUGCAAAACAGCAUAUCGUUGGUGUUUUUAGGAAUGUUACUGCCGGCAAACUAGUUAAUGAUAGUGUGAGUGAAGAAGUGAAAACUUUCAUGCUUAACAAGGCUGAAGUUAAAGCCACUACUCAAAUGCUGCCACCACAAGCCACUAUAUACAAUAUGGUAGAUGAAGAUGAGGAUGAAGGUUAUCCUAGUCAGCCACCUUCCAAGAAACGUAAGGGUCCAAUGGAUAGGUAUGUUCUUCCAACUCCACAUGAUAUCUUGAAAGGAAUGAAAGAUGCUAAUUUGCUGUUUGAUAAGCUUGAUCGUAUGGUUGAAGAAGUUGGGGAAUCUAAUGUUGUCCAAGUGAUAACGGACAAUGCAUCAGACUAUGUAAAAGCUGGCCAAUUGCUAAUGGCGAAACGACCACAUCUUUAUUGGCUUCCUUGUGCAGCCCACUGUAUAGAUCUCAUGUUGGAGGAUAUAGGAAAACUUCCUAUGGUGAAAUCUGCAAUCAAGAACUGUAUCUACAUGAACGGCUACAUCUAUAGUCACACUUCUCUUGUGAAUAUGAUGAGGAAAUUCACAAACCAAGCAAAUCUACAUAGACCAGCAGUUACUCGGUUUGCUACAUCAUUCAUCACACUUGCGUAG